AUGCCGCCGGUUGCGGUUGGCGGCGGCGCCACUGGUAGUGGCAGCGGCGGUUCUGGACAGCAGGUCAACAACUCGUUUUUCAACAGUUUUCGGUUCAUUUUCAGCUCGGUUCUCACCCGUUUCGGCUCCGCUUUUCGUGUAAAAAUAGUCAUAAUGCAUAAAAUUGAACAUAAAAUUCAAAAACAACAGUCAGGAAGUGUUUUAAGCUAUUGCAUCAUUCGAGGGUUUUCUUUGUCUGUUUGUUUCUACUGCUUCCGUCUCUUAUCUACCGCUUAUCAUCCGUUUCUACUGUUGUCAACUGAUGUAGAGGUUGAAGGAGGAAUGGACAACAUUGCAACUUUUGUUCAGUAUAAUGGUUUUUGGAAUGAUAAGCUUCAGUAUACAGAUUUUGCAGUUAAAGGACUUAUAAUUCCAAGAGAAUGUAAUAUCUCUAAUCUUCAACAAUUAUUGGCAAGACAGCUGGAAAUAGAUUUAGAAGAAACAUAUGUGCAAAUCAAAUAUCAGGUUAAAGAAAAUUAUCCACCAAUUAUAAUUCAAGAUAAUGAUUCUUUGGAUUUCUACUUUCAGAUGAGAAGCAAAACAACAGAUCCAACUCAAUUUCCAAUUUGCAUAGAAACUCACAAAAAAAUAAGAGAUAUAUCAUUCUAUGUAUCAUCAUCCAGAUCAAUCCAGCAAAAUGUUGACAGAAAUGCAGAAAUUUGUGACCAGCAAGAAUACUCAGUAAAUGCCCUUAAUUCAACAAAUGUUGAUAAUUCCAAUUCAGUUUCAAAUAUGUUUCAGUACGCGAUAGAUAUGGGAAAUCAGUUAGAUGAGGAUCAAGAAGUACAAAGUCAGUAUGUAGAAAGCAUGUUGAUUAAUGAAAUAAAGCCAACAGAAAUUGAAGAAGGUCAAAAAUACAAAGACAAGCACACACUCAAGACUAUAUUAAGCAUCUAUGCCAUCAACAAUCAUUUUCAGUUCAGAUCUUACAAGUCGUGCAAAAUUGAGUAUAUUGCAAUAUGCAAUGAGCACGGCUGCGACUGGAGACUAAGGGCGUCGAGAAACAAAAAGUCAACUGCGUUCGUUGUUCGAAAAUUCAACAAUGUACACAGUUGUAAAGUUGGGGAAAGGAUGGCUAAUAAAAGGCAAGCAACAUCAAAUUUGAUUGGACACUUCAUAAAGAAUAAGUAUUCCAACGUCAAAACUGUUUACACGCCUGCCGAUAUUAUUCGAGACAUGAAGAAUGAAUAUGGAGUUGACUUAGCUUACCAAACAGCGUGGAGGUCAAAAGAAAAAGGAUUGGAGCUUACGAGGGGACAUCCGGCAGAAUCAUACCAAUUGUUGCCUUCCUAUCUCCACGCGCUCAAAACGACAAAUCCAGGUUCUGUUGCUGAACUCGAAACAAUUGAAAAAAGAUUUCUGUAUGUUUUCAUAUCAUUAAAUGCUUCAAUUAAAGGUUGGGGUUUCUGCAAGCCUGUAAUGGUAGUGGACGGUACGUUCCUAAAAGUAGCGUAUGGAGGAACUCUUCUAACGGCAGCAACACAAGAUGCAGCCAACAAGAUUUUUCCUCUUGCAUUUUGUGUCGUAGAUUCUGAAAAUGAUGAUUCAUGGGAAUGGUUUUUUAAGAAAAUUAGAGAAACAUUCGGCAUGAGAGAGGGCAUGUGCAUAAUUUCCGAUAGACAUAAGAGUAUUGAAAAUGCAAUCGAAAAAAUUUACCCGGAAGCAAAUCAUGGCAUCUGUACUUACCAUCUCUUCAACAAUGUCAAGGCAAGAUAUAAAAGAGCAAAAGGUGAAAUAAGAGAACACUUUUUUGGGGCAGCAAAAGCAUACACACUUGAGCAGUUCAACAAGCACAUGGAAGAACUUGACAAAUAUGACCCAAAGAUAAGAGAGUACCUCACUGAUAUUGGUUUUAAAAAAUGGACGACACUCCAUUCCUCAAGUAAUAGGUAUUCAACAAUGACUUCCAACAUUGCCGAGUCUUUAAAUGCAACAAACAUAGCUGCAAGAGAACUGCCCAUAACGACAAUGCUCGAGUUUUUACGUUCCCUUGUGCAAAAAUGGUCUCAUGCAAACAGAAAUUGUGCAAGAUCAUUAAAGACAGAUAUGACAAGGGUUGCUGAAGAAAUAUUGAAUGAAAACUACAUUCGAUCUCUGCAUCUGACGGUCACACCUGCAGCUGACAAUUUAUACACUGUCACAAAAACAAAAACUCCCUUCUCAGUGGAUUUGGAAAGAGGAACAUGCUGUUGCAGAAGAUUUCAAACAGAUAAAAUACCUUGUGCACAUGCAAUUGCUGUGAUUAGGAAAUACAACAAAGAUCCCUUGUUAUAUUGUUCUAAGUACUACAUGAAGGAGACAUACAUCAACACAUAUGGCAGCACUGUCUAUCCAAUGACAAAUAAGUCAACAUGGAAUACACCUCAAGAAGUUAAUGAUGUAAUCGUGUUGCCUCCUGAAUCAAGAACAAAGUCUGGCAGACCGAAGAAGAAACGCAUAUUGGCGGGAAAUGAAAAAAGGUUAAAAAACAAAUGCGCGGUUUGCAAGAAGGUGGGACACAAUAAAAAAACAUGCAAAAGAUGA